UACGAGCUUGCUGUAGCCAUGCCUGAGCCGGCCAAGUCCGCCCCCGCGCCCAAGAAGGGCUCCAAGAAAGCCGUGACCAAGACGCAGAAGAAAGGCGACAAGAAGCGCAAGAAGAGCCGCAAGGAGAGCUACUCCAUCUACGUGUACAAGGUGCUGAAGCAGGUGCACCCCGACACGGGCAUCUCGUCCAAGGCCAUGGGCAUCAUGAACUCCUUCGUCAACGACAUCUUCGAGCGCAUCGCCGGCGAGGCGUCGCGCCUGGCGCACUACAACAAGCGCUCCACCAUCACGUCGCGGGAGAUCCAGACGGCCGUGCGCCUGCUGCUGCCCGGCGAGCUGGCCAAGCACGCCGUGUCCGAGGGCACCAAGGCUGUCACCAAGUACACCAGCUCCAAGUAAAUGCCUGCUGAAUAUACCGCUUAACCCAAAGGCUCUUUUAAGAGCCACCCACAUACUCUAUAAAAGAGCUUCUAAACACUAGCGCUUCGGACUUCAUGGGUACGGAAGCUUAAGAAACGUUAGAAUUUUAAACAAAUGUUUGUCUAGGUACUUAAUCUUUCAAUGGUAGUUGCGAAAUAUUUAGGGUUUUGCAAUUUUAGGUAAUUCAAAUGCACGUACUACUUGUAAAUAUAGCCGCUUAAAUAGUUUUUAAAUAAGUGGUAACAAAAGAUUCAAGACUUUUUAAAUUCCAACCAAAUUAGGAGCUUCACGUUGAAACUAGAAAACAUGCUUCCAGAAAAUAAAAACAUUUAUUUAUUUCCAAAAGAUAGGCGGAGGGAAAAUAAUCGAUUCUCUCCAGUUUUCCUAUAUAUGUCUGGGGUUUAUUUUAAGAUGGCAUAUUUUGCAUUGUGCAUGAGUAGGCAAGGAGUCCGGGACUAGGGGAGGGGAGAAAAUCUCUGAGCUGGGAUGGACGCUUUAGCGGGAUGAGAUCCCACGGAACGCGGGGAGCCGGGAGCACUGACAGGCACGGAGCCAGCGCGGGCAGCGUUCCGCGCCCCCCUCCCUUUCCCCCAUUCUUCACUCUUCCCCCUCCCCAUUUUCUCCCUCCCCUUCCAGCGCAGCGCGGGCUUUUCCAAAUUUCCCCGCGGCCCAAUAAGCGGCUGCGGCUUCUCCCAUCGGCCAAUCCGAGGCGGCGCCGGGCAGCCCCCGGUACCGGGAGGAGCCCCGGGGCCGCUCCGCCUCUCGCUCCCGCCCGGCCCAGCCCCUGCCGCGCCACCUUCCACCCUCCUCCCUCCCCUGCAAUCGCCUCCUCGCAAAAAAAGUAGAGUCGGUCAAAUCGCGCAGAAAUUAAGACCUGCCCCACGACAGCGCUGGCAAGCGGAAAGGUCAUUGCCAAGGAAGCGGAGGAGCCGUGCUGACAGUUCCCUGUUACGGUCAGUACGAGGUGUGGCAGUCGCAUCCGUGCUGUCAGGAAUGGCGCCGAUUUAGAGCAACGAAAGGAAUCUCCACGCACCAAAAAGGUACCCGC